GAAUCCGCUUCAUAGAGGAAAAUAGAGAAGUAGCAUAGAGUAAAAUAGUAAAAUAAUAGUAGAAUAUAGAGGCUCCACGACUGAAUAUAAAACAGUGACGAUGUUGUGAUUAUGUCUGCGGAGGACAGUAAUGUGAAGUGACAUUAGCUAGAGCAGAGGAUGGACUUUAACAGCACUGUUCUGGUGACUGGAGGCUCUGGAUUCAUUGGUUCCCAUCUCGUGUGUUCACUGGUCAACAGGCACCCUGACUGGAGAAUUAUUAACCUGGAUAACUUGGAUUACUGCUGCAGCCCCAGGAGUCUGGAGAGCAUUGAAGACAGAGCAAACUACACCUUUAUCAGGGGAGAUGUGUGUAACUCACGGUUGGUGAACCACAUCUUCAACACAGAAAACAUCGAUGUGAUCUUCCACUUAGCAGCCAAAACACACGUCGAGUCGUCGUUUGAAUCUCCGUCCAGUUUCCAGCAGGUUAACAUCGAUGGAACCAGAGUUUUACUGGGAGCUGCCCAUCAGGCCCGACACCAGCCGCGGCGCUUCAUCUACGUCAGCACUGAUGAAGUGUACGGAGCCAGUCUGGAUGAGGUGUUUGAGGAGAGCAGUCCAGUGAGGCCCUCCAACCCGUAUUCUGCCACUAAAGCAGCUGCAGAGUACCUGGUCAGAUCCUACUGGGAUAAAUAUAAGUUCCCAAUCGUUAUUACCAGGAGCAACAACAUCUACGGGCCCAGGCAGUACACGGAGAAGGUCAUUCCGAGGUUUCUCUCCCUCUUGCAAAUGAACAAGAAAUGCACCAUCCAGGGAACCCUCCCUAAAUCCCGCCAUUUCUUGUUUGUCAGUGAUGCCAUCAGUGCCUUCCUGCUGAUUCUGGAGAAAGGGAUUGUGGGCGAAAUAUACAAUGUGGGGACGAGCUGUGAGAUUCCCAUCAUGCAGCUGGCCAAGGAGCUUAUUAGGAUGGUCAAGAAUGUGCCAGACUCUGAGGUGAAUGACUGGCUCGAGUUUGUGCCUGACAGGCCACGGGUCGACCUGCGCUACCCCAUCAACUGUGAGAAGCUGCAGCAGCUGGGCUGGAGAGCUGAGGUGUCCUGGGCUGAAGGCAUCAGACAGACUGUCAAAUGGUACCAAGACAACCCAGACUUCUGGUCAGACACAAGCGAGGACCAAGGACAAAUCAGAAGCAAGCUUGAAAAAUCUCCCAGCAAAUAAGUGGCCUUUGCUGUGCCCUGCGUCUCGACUGACAGGAUGCCGACUGAACAAAUUUCAGAUGAUAUUUAUGCAGCACAGAUGCUAUUAUGGCUGAUUUACAGCUCAAGGAACAACUACAGAACACUGCUACUUCAUUCUUCUCAACUGUCUCUGAAUGAUCGUUGGACCAGCGGGCCCUGAAGUGCCUGCCAACAGGAAGGCAGCGCCUCCCUUCAACCAAAUCAAACAUUCAAAUGAAUGCACUUUAUCUUCAUGUUAAUUACUGAUUCAGCUGAUGUUGACAAGUGGUCUUAUUUUGCUCAACUUGGGCUUGUUCAAUUUUGAUGUACAAUCUUUAAAUGUUUAAACAUACUCUGUGGAAGUAUGUGGAAGCUCCAUGAAACAAUGUUAAAUCUCUCUCUUGUAAAGGCGGCAGCAUUCGGGAUGCUAGUCUGUUUUUAUUUACUUCCCUGAGGGGUAACACUGACAGAAAAGGGUCAAACUGGGCUGCAGUGACAGUUGUGAAAAACCAAACAGGCACAAAUCAAAGACAGCUUCAUCCCUCGCUGCCAUGUGACAAACUGCAGCAUCACACUUGUGUCAGACCCUGAAUUUAUUUUGACAUUUUUGAAUGAGUUUUUGGAGCAUGUACAUUCAUGUAUUUCCACAGGGUAUGAUUGCAGGCUUUUUGCGCACCAUUCAAAGUCAGCAGGCAGUUUGUCAAUCUAACGACCAAAUAUUUUAGUGGUGCCUCUCAGAACAGGUUAAGACGCAGGCAUUACAUUUACAUGCACAGUAAGUAGGGUAAGGUCGUGUGUUAACAUGCACUUUAAUAACCCGUUGACUGUAAAUCUGCCUAGAAUGUGAUUUCGCCCCCAAUACUGAUUAUUUUAACAGUUGUAGUGGUGCAAUAUGCAGCUUCCUUCUGUUUUCAGAGGUGGACAGACUCUGUAGUGAAAGCACUGCUUUUCCUUAAGCGCAAAUGUGCCUGAAUUAUUCAAAUAGUCAAAUGCUGGAGGCUCCGUCUUGCAAGCCAAUGAAAAACCUGGUUACAUGUGUAUGUGGCAGAGAAAUUUCUCCUGGAGAAAUCAAGCAGGUUUCUCCUCUUCGUGACAUUUCACAAAUCCAGUUUCCGCAAAAAGACGACUGAAACCUGGUUACUUACUUACAUGCAUGUUAAUGUACUGACAGACAAGAUUAGGAAGAAGGAAACCCCUGUUUUUGCCAGCUCCUUCUAACAUCCAGCAUAUGUAGCAAGUUUUAGCAGCUGUACUUCACAUUUCAAAUUUAAGAUGUGAACCUUUCAUGGUAUUUUGACUAGUUUGAAAUGUUUUAGUUUUAACAGCAGCCAUAUAAUAAAAGGUUGAGAAGGGAACAGAAGCUAAUUCAAAGUCCAGUCAUCUCAGUCAGGUGUGUUUUUACACUGCACACAUUCUAAAUGUUUUUAAUCAUGAUGCUGUAGAAUGUAUUUAACAACAA